AUGAAACAAAAUUCAAGAUAGCCUUAUAAGGACGAACCAAAGUUAGUAGCUUUGGAUGCUAAAACCGAUGCAGUCGAAAUCAUUAAAGAUCGUCUAUAUUGGAUUUCCGGAAAAGAACCUCCCAAAAACUAGCCAAACGCAUAUUUCUUUAAUAUUGAUCAAGAUUUAUAAUACGAACCUUUUUUCGCUGACUUUGGUCCUCAUAAUUUAGGUAAUACUUAUAGAUUUGUAACUGAAUUAGAACAUUUACUUGCAGAUCCCGAAUUCUCUAAGAAUCUUAUUUACCACUACACUGGUGUAGAUUCUAACAAGAGAACAAAUGCUUGUUAUCUCAUUUGCGCAUAUCAAGUCAUCAUUCUUAACAGAGGUGCUGAUUCUGCAUGGGCUCCAUUUGCGAAAGUUUAGCCUCCAUUCAACGACUACAGAGAUGCAAGUUACGGAUAUUGUACUUAUAAAUGCACUAUUUUGGAUUGUCUUAGAGGCCUUGAAUAUGCAAUUAAAUUGAAAUGGUUCAAUGUAAGAGAUUUUAAGUUAAGAGAUUAUGAAUAUUAUGAGAGAGUAGAAAAUGGUGAUCUCAAUGUCAUUAUACCUGAAAAAUUCAUAGCCUUUUCUGGUCCUUCUCCAACCCAAAGAGAUGCUGAUGGUGUAAUAAUUUUUAUUCAUAUAUAAAAUUAUAAUACAAAUUUUAAUUUCAACACAAACUAACUAACAACAUACAGUACAGAACUUUCACUCCUGAAGACUAUGUACCCAUUUUCAAGAAUAUGGGUGUUACACUUGUUAUUAGACUUAAUAAAAAGACUUAUGAAGCCUCUAGAUUUACUAACAAUGGUAUUAAACACUUAGAUCUAUAUUUCCUUGAUGGAUCUUGCCCUCCAGAUGAUAUUUUACAUAAAUUUUUGGAUGUAUGCUAAAAAGAGAAAGGUAAAAUCGCAGUUCACUGCAAGGCUGGAUUAGGUAGAACUGGUUCUUUGA